AUGAGGAUAAAAGACCUCCUACGAAAAAAAGUUGAGAUACCUUUACUAAAUAAAGUGUUGGUAAAUAAUCACACAACUUAUUCAAUAAAAGGUACUAAAGACGUUUUGCAAACUAUCAAAAAUGGAGAAUCCAAUCCUGAUUUGGUGGAACAAGCGCAAAGAAUUGCGAAUAGAUUUGAAUCAUUUCUUUAUCCAUUUGGUAUAAAUGAUAACCUAAAAACACCACCAUUGACUAUUAACUUAAUAAGGAAACUUAAAGAUGAUGAACAUAAAUUGAUACCUUUACUAAACAAAGUGUUGGUAAAUAAUCACACAACUUAUUCAAUAAAAGGUACUGAAGAUGUUUUGCAAACUAUUGAAGAUGGAAAAUCUAAUCCUGACUUGGUGAAAAAGGCGCAAGAAAUCGAAAAUGAAUAA